AUGCUGAUUGUCAAAGACUUCAAGGCAAUCGACAACCCGUGGAAAGUAUCGACCAAGAGCAAGUUCAAAGCCAAGCCCGGCGUCUUCGUCAUGAAGUUCGGCGAGCAGCUCCGGUCGAGCGUCAUCCGGGAGUACCAGUGGUAUUACAUCGAUUACAAUGGUCUGAAGGCCGAGCUCAAGAAUGCCACUGGCCCGGCAAAGACUGGCGAUGCCGAAGGAAACGAAUGGACCGAGGAGGAUGAGAUUCGAUUUGUUGGGAAGCUCGAGGCAGAGCUGGAGAAGGUCCAUACCAAGCAGCAGGUCAAGGCCAUGGAAAUUUCUCGACGAAUUGCCGUCAGUGACCACGAGGUGAAGGAUGUCGUCAAUCGACUGAAUGAACGUGAUCUUGGCGAAGGCGGUCCUAGUGAGGAAGAAUUUCUGCUGUUGGAGGAGGACUUGAGUGAUAUCAUUGCCGACGUCCACGACCUGGCCAAGUUUGUCCAGCUCAACUAUACAGGCUUCUACAAGAUCAUCAAGAAGCACGAUAAAAUGACGGGGUGGCAUCUUCGACCGGUUUUCGACACCCGACUCAAGGCGAAGCCGUUUUACAAGGAGAAUUACGACGCCUCCGUCAUCAAGUUGUCAAAAUUGUACAACCUGGUUCGAACCCGCGGCAAUCCCGUCAAGGGUGAUAGCGCUGCUGGAGGUGGGCAGGCAAACUUUGUUCGCCAGACAACAAAGUAUUGGGUUCACCCUGACAACGUCACCGAGCUGAAGCUCAUUAUCCUCAAACAUUUGCCAGUGCUAGUUUUCAACGCCAGCAAGGAAUUCGAUCAGCAAGAUUCGGCCAUUACGUCCAUCUACUAUGACAACCCGGAGAAGUGGGACCUUUAUGAAGGCCGAUUGAAGAAGACUGAGGGAGCCGAAGCCAUUCGACUGAGAUGGUAUGGAGGAAUGCAAACUGAGACUAUUUUUGUCGAACGAAAAACCCAUAGAGAAGAUUGGACCGGGGAGAAGUCUGUCAAGGCUCGUUUCUCCCUCAAGGAGAAGAACGUGAAUGCAUACAUGCGUGGUGAGCUAUUGCCUGCCGCCAUUUUUGAGAAGGCGCGCAAAGAGGGCAAGAAGUCAGAGAAGGCUAUUGCAGAAGAUGAACGAUUGGCCGCCGAAAUCCAGUAUUCUGUCUUGAAGCAUGGCUACAAGCCUGUGUGCCGAUCGUUUUAUAACCGAACCGCCUUUCAGCUUCCGGCAGACGCACGUGUCCGAAUUUCUCUGGACACUGAGCUUACAAUGGUCCGCGAGGAUAAUCUUGAUGGACGACGACGGAGUGGCGAUAAUUGGAGACGAAUGGAUAUUGGAGUCGAUUGGCCCUUCUCGCAGCUACCGCCUGAGGAUGUAGUUCGAUUUCCUUACGCCGUUCUCGAGGUGAAGCUCCAGACGCAAAUGGGACAAGAGCCCCCGGAGUGGGUGCGACAACUUAUCGCCUCACAUCUGGUAGAGGCAGUGCCUAAGUUUUCCAAAUUCAUCCACGGAACGGCUUGUUUAUUCCCUGAUCGCAUCAAUCUUUUGCCCUUCUGGAUGCCACAGAUGGAUGUUGACAUCCGCAAGCCUGCCUCGCAUGAUUUUGGUAUCCGUAGACCUGGUCUGUCAGGCACGACCAACACAUCAGACGAUGACGAGGAGGACCUGGACUCUGACGAUGAAGAAAUGCGGCUGGCCGCCCGUCCUGCUACCUCGAACGGACAGUCCAGCUCGCGGUCUCUUCCCGGUCCGAGCGACGCGGAGGGCCAGACAGUGGACCAAAUCGGUGCCAAUGACGAUUACCCAAUCUAUGACUCCGAUGAUGAAUACGAUCCCAACUAUGAGCUGGAAGAGGCGAGACGUGUCGGAGGAUAUCACUACUAUACGACCUUGCUCGCCACCAAGGGCCGAGCGGUGCGGGACGGGACUCUCAACAUUCUCAACGCUAGGCUCCAAGCGCUCUUUGGAUCCAACGAUAUUCAACAGAAAAAGUUCAAAGCACCCCCGGGCAAGAAGAUCUACGUUCCCGUCCGUGUGGAACCCAAGGUCUUCUUUGCCGCCGAGAGAACAUUCCUUGGCUGGCUCGAAUACUCCAUCUACAUUGGUACCAUUGCUGUCACCCUCCUCAAUUUUGGCGACCACCCAACUCGUACUUCUUUCUUUGUUGCGGGCGUAUUUACGCUCCUGGCAAUUCUCAGUCUGUGCUACUCUGUGGGUAUUUACCUGUACAGAAGCAAAUCGAUUCGAAACCGCAAGGCAGCUAGGUACUAUGAUAAAUGGGGACCAAGUGUGCUUUGUGUAUCGUUGUUUGUAGCUGUAGCGUUGAAUUUCGGCUUUGAGGGUAGGGAGAGGAAAGUUUGGUGA